AUGAGUUGUUAUGGCGGCCUUAUUCAACUUGGGAGCCAUUAUGAACAACCUCAGUAUUUAGCACCACCUUUGCCAGUAGCAGCGCCGAAAGCAUUUGAGGCUUACGACUUGGCUCCUGUGCCACUACCCUACAUUGCUGCUAAACCUAUUGUAAUUCAGGAUGCAGAAGAUGAUGAAGAUUCAGAUGAAGAAUCAGCAGAAUAUGGACAUGGUUCUUUAGUGGGUCUUGGUCAUGGCCAUGAAGGUGGAGGUGGAUCACAGUAUGGUGAAGAACAUCAUGCCGCUCAUGGUGAAAAAGGAAGUAAAGGAUACAAUUCAAAGGGACACUUUGCUAAAGGACAAGCUGGUUCUUACGGCAAAGUGCACAAGGAAGGACAUGGAAGCGAAGCUAGUGGUGAAAAAGGAGUAUAUUACGACGAAGCUGACUCCCAUGGUAAACAUCAUAAUUUAGCAAAAGGAUACAAAGGCGGAAACCAUGGACAUAAAAAGCACCAUAGUAAAGGUGAAGAUAUAACGGGAUAUCAUAAAGUUUUCGAAAAGGACGAAUUCAAAAAAGACCAUGACUUUUACGAUGUGGCUGAUAACAGUGGUCAUUAUAAUAAACAUGGUUCAGGGAAUAAAUAUCACAGUGAAAAAGGCGGUGCCCAUGAAGAAGGAGAAAAGGGAGCAGCAGGUUAUCAAAAAGGAGAAUUUGGUAAGUCAGGCCACCACAGCAAAGGCCAUUCAGAUGACGGUGAAGUCGGGCAUAUAAGCAAAGAAGGCGAUGAAAGUCAUUACGACAAUCAUGAAGAGUACGGCAAGAAAGGUGAAAAGGAGCAUGAGAAGGAAUAUGAGUAUGAAGAUAUAGAUGAAGAUGAAGAUGAGGAAUAAGCUGCCAUUGUUUUUGUAAAUAAUUGUUAAUUUAUGCUUUGUAAUUUUGUUACGUUUGC